AUGGUCAUCCUCAAACAACCGGAAAUCGGCGGCGCGGUACCAAGUCAUAUGGAUUCGACAUUCCUCUAUACUGAUCCACCCUCCGCUGUCGGGUUCUGGAUCGCGCUCGAAGACUGCACAAAGACGAAUGGGUGUCUGAGUUUUGUGCCGGGGUCGCAUCGGUGGGCGGCAGUGACGAAGAGAUUCGUGAGGCAGGGUGAGGGGACGGGGUUUGAGGAUGUGGAACCUGUCACGCCAAAUCGACCCGUGAUUCCGGAGAUGGAGAAGGUGAAGCCUGGCGGUGAGUUCGUGAUGGGGGAGAGUAAGGCUGGGACGUUGGUUUUGAUUCAUGGGAGUAUCCUUCACAAGAGCGAGAGAAACACAAGUCAAGACUCGAGGUGGAUCUACACGUUUCAUGUCAUCGAGGGCGAAAACGUAUAUGACAAGAAGAACUGGUUACAACCCGAGGAGGGUCAGGAGUUCACGAAGCUGUACGAUCAUGAGUAG